AUGCUAGCGGGUUUCCACGCGAAGGAUGUGUUUCGGGAGCUGUUUCCGGAUGAGAGGCAGUUCACGUUUUAUUGCAAGUCGGCGAAGGUCAGCUCGAGGAUCGAUAGGGUGCUUGUGUCCCAGUCCAUGCUGCACCUGGUGACGGGGGUGAAGCACAAGAAGGUACCGAAGGGGAUCACGGACCAUAAGUUCGCGGUGAGGUUGAGACUCGGGUGGAGGGGUCUGCGUGAAUCAGGUCCGGGUUUGUGGCGUUUCCCGGCAAGGCUGUUGAAACAGCCGGGUGUGGCGAAGGUGGUCGCGGACGUGGUUAAAAGGCACCGUGAAGGAGGCCGCUGUGUCUUCGACCGGUUGAUGAGGGGUUUAACUGCGCAGCUGAGAAGAUAUGACAAAGAGGAGAGGAAGCGCGUGAAGCUUACGAGAGGUGUUCUGGAGGAGCAAGUGGAGCAGUUACAGCACAAGGUGAUGGCUGACCCGUAUGAUGACGAGGUGCAGGCCCUGCUGUCCAGUCGAGAAGCGAUAUUGCAAAGAUAUUGGGAUGGGAGGAGGAAUCUGUUGCAGCUAAGGUCCGGGCUCAAGGUACAGCUGGAUGGGGAGGCGCCAACAAGUUUCCUGACGGCGCCGGUCAAGAGUAGGAAGGCAAGGACGGGGAUUAAAGAGCUGGUGAGGAACGGGGCCAGUCACACGGAGGCAAGGGAAAUACUGGAAGCGGCUACCUGUCAUUUCAGGGAGGUGUUCGAUGAUGUACCGGUAGGUGGUACAGAGCCAAGAUUGGAAUGGUCGCCGAGGAAGACGUUGGACGAGGUGGCCGCAGCAAGUCUGACGUUGGAAUGGUCGGAGCAGGAGGUUAAGCAGGCGCUCAAAGAGUUGGCCAACGAUAAAUCACCAGGUUGGGACGGUUUGCCCAAGGAGCUUUUCCAGCGGCAUUGGGAGCUGCUGCGGGAGCCGGUGAUGAAGAUGAUAGGAGAGUUUACCGCAUCAGGGAAGCUGCCAGACGUGGCAAACGAGGCGGUCACAAUAUUGCUGCACAAGAAAGGUGCGGGGACGGAUAUUAAGAAUUACAGGCUGAUUACACUGCUUUCAGGGGUGUACAAGCUUCUAGCCAAAGUGGUAGCGACGAGAAUGAAGGCGGUGCUGGGACAGGUGAUUUCAAAGGAGCAGUAUGGCUUCUUACCUGGGAGGAGGUUAACGGAUGCAUUGUCGAUGGUGGCCGAUAUGAUUGAGGCAGGCCGGAACGAAAACCGUGACUGGUACCUUCUUCUGAUUGACUUCGAAAAGGCGUACGAUUCAGUACGCAGGGGCUUCAUGGUGGAAACGGUCGCCAAGUCGGGCUUUCCGCCAAGAUUUGUACGGUGGAUAGAGGCCCUGCACAGUGACGUUCAUACAAGGUUGUGUGUUAACGGUUGGGUGGGAGAGGAAAUUGAGAUGAAGAAGGGGGUGCGUCAGGGCUGCCCACUGGCGCCGUACCUUUUCUUGUGCGCGGUGGAGCCUUUGAGCCGGCUAGCAGAGGAAAGGGGACUGGGAAUCGGGGAGGGAAGCUGUGACCGACUGUCAUAUGUGGGGUAUGCGGAUGACACGACCUUGUUGCUCGAGGGAGAGCAACAGCUGAAGAAUGCGGGUGUUCUGCUGCAAGAAUACGCGGAGGUGUCGGGGCUGAAGGUGAAUAUGGGGAAGUCUGCGGUCCUGCCGAUAGGGAGGAACGUGGGGCAACAGGCACCUGGGGAUAUGGAGUACAAGUGGGUGGGGGCAAAUGAGGUUGAGAGGCUUCUCGGAGUAUGGAUUUCACCAGGGGGGGAAGUAGAAGCAACCUGGGAAAAGGCUUUGGCCAGAGCGGCAGGGGAGCUGAGCAAGUGGAGCACUAAAUAUCUUACUACUGGAGCACGCGUGACCGUUAUCAACAGCUAUGUCCUGCCAAUCUUCCUGUUUCAAGCGCAGGUGUAUCCGCCGGACGACCUGUUAUGGCGCAGGGUAGAAAAGCUGAUUGAAAACUUCGUGUCCGGUAACCACGCUGACACGGAACGACACUUCAGGCUCUGGAGUGGGGACCUGAUAUACACGCCAAGGGAGCAAGGGGGACUGGGGGUGAUAGAUCCAAGGGGGAGAAUUCACAGUGUGGCGUUGAGGUGCGCGGGUCUGGCGCUGCAGCAGGAAUGCUCGCUAAGAAGAAGUUUGUCGGAGAAAGCGGCAGGUUUGCCUCUUGGUUGGGCGACGCUGUACGCGCAUAAGGCGGUACUGAGAGGAGGCUUGUUUAAAAGCAGGAGGUGGGCACGGCUGUGUAAAACCUUUUUAAAGUCAACGGUGGUGGCAGUACCAGAGGUGGCGUCGAGGUGGGAAGCAGAAGAGGAAUUUCUGUGUUACAACAGGCACAUCAUUCACCUCGGUAGUGCCUCGUUCGGUGGACAAAAGUUUCAACAGAACUAG